AUGAACAUGUUCGAAGACCCCGACAAUCCCGACUGCGGCGGCGAUAAUGCGGUCAGACCCGGCAAGAAGGACACCCAAGUCCAGCUCGUCAUCUCUCUUGCUCUGGGCUUGUCGGCAUUCAUAGCUUUCUGCAUCCUCCGACCACGAUGGAAGUCCCUUUACGCCGCCCGAAAACGACACGCCAAUCCCCUUCUCGGUCUGCCAUCUCUCCCCGACACCUUCUUUGGCUGGAUUCCCGUGUUAUACCACAUCACCGAACAGCAGGUCCUGUCCUCGGCCGGCCUCGACGCAUAUGUGUUCCUCGCCUUCUUCAAGAUGUCCAUGCGCCUCUUUGGCACCAUGUUCUUCUUCGCCGCUGUCGUGCUCGGGCCGAUCAAUCAUCACUUCCUCGACAACGCCAAGUCGACCGAGAUAUUUCUGUUUAGGCCAUUCGCAACGGGCUACAAGGAUGAGCUUGCAAGACGGCUCGUUGAUCUGGAGAAGUCAGACCGCAAUCAAGACGACAGCUUCAACCGCAACCUGGGCUAUUUGUGGUCAUAUUUGGUGUUUACCUAUUUUUUCACUGGUCUUACCCUUUUUUUCAUGAGGAGGGAGACGGCCAAAGUGAUACGCGUGCGCCAGGACUAUCUGGGUACCCAAUCCACCAUUACCGACCGAACCUUUCGCCUAUCCAGCAUCCCCGAGGAACUAAGAACCGAGGCCGCCAUCAAGGACCUGGUGCAGAAGCUCGAGAUUGGCAAGGUUGAAAGUGUCACUCUUUGCUGCAAUUGGGCCGAGCUUGACAAGUUGAUGGAAGAGAGGAAGACUGUUCUGGCCAAGCUGGAGGAGACCUGGAGUGUCUACCUCGCACAUACGCCACUAGCGGCCACCGAAUCACGGACAAAUGGGAGUGGUGAUAAUGGCAUCGGGGGCCGUGCGAGCGGUGCCCCAGAGGUGGUAGAUGAGGAGGCAGGAGAAGGCGAUCGUCUCUUGAGCCAGGACGAGGCUCAGCCGUCUGAGAGACGGCGUCCACGGACCCGUUUUUGGUAUGGUUUCUUGCGUCUCCAAAGUAGAGAGACCGACGCUAUCGACUAUUACACCGAAAAGCUACGCCAGCUCGACGACAAGAUCACCGCCGCGCGAAAGAAGACAUACGAGCCUGCCGACCUUGCCUUCGUCACCAUGGACUCCAUUGCUGCCUGCCAAAUGGCGAUUCAGGCACUUGUCGACCCUCACCCAGGCCGUCUCCAGACAAAGCCCGCUCCUGCACCGUCCGACGUCGUAUGGAAGAACACAUACGCCACGCGCUUUAGCCGCCGCGCUCGGUCUUGGACUGUGACGACCUUCGUCGCUAUUCUUUCCGUUGUGUGGUUGGUUCCCGUCGCCUUCCUUGCCUCCGUCCUCAGCAUCUGCACCAUCAACAAGUUCCUCCCAGCCUUUGGCGAUUGGCUCAAGGAACACGAAAUCGCCCGAACCCUCGUCCAGACAGGCCUCCCAACGCUCGUCGCCUCCCUGCUCAACGUCGCGGUUCCCUACCUCUACGACUAUCUCUCCUGGCACCAAGGCAUGCUCUCGCAGGGGGACAUCGCCCUCUCGGCCAUCAGUAAGAAUUUUUUCUUCACCUUCUUCAACAUCUUCCUCAUCUUCACCAUCUUCGGCGCCGUCACCUCCAUCUUCGACGUCCUCCGCAACUCUCUCAAAGACACCACCUACAUCGCCUACACCCUCGCACGCAAGAUCGAAGAGCUCUCCGUCUUCUACACCAACUUCAUCAUGCUCCAAGGCCUCGGGCUCUUCCCCUUUCGUCUCCUCGAGCUCGGCAGCAUCGCCCAAUACCUCAUCCUGCGCAUGGGCGCCAAAACCCCGCGCGACUUCGCCGAACUCGUCCAACCCCCCAAAUUCUACUACGGCUUCUACCUGCCCACCGCCCUGCUCGUCUUCAUCCUCUGCCUCGUCUAUAGCGCCCUGCGCGGCGGCUCCCUCGUCCUCGGCCUCGGCCUCGCCUAUUUCUCCCUCGGCUACUUCACUUACAAGUACCAGUUGCUCUACGCCAUGGACCAGCCCCAGCACGCCACCGGCGGCGCCUGGCGCAUCAUCUGCUACCGCAUCGUGCUCGGCCUCGUCGUCUUCCAGCUGACCAUGUCGGGCUACUUCGCGCUGAAGAAGGCCUUCACCGUCGCGCUGCUGGUCGGCCCGCUGUUUGUCGCCACGCUGUGGUAUGGGUGGGACUUCCGCCGGCGCGUGGAGCCGCUGACGCGGUUCAUUGCGCUGAGGAGUAUUGAGCGUCCCGGUGAGGGCGGCGAGACGGCGAUUGUGGAUGGGGAUUUGGGUGGGGCGGGGGGGGAUGCUGAUGCUGCUGGGGCCGCGGAGCAGCAGAGGGAGGUGCUGCGGAGGGGGAGUACCGUGGACGAGGACCGCGAGAAGGGCCUGCGGUUUGUGAAUCCCAGUUUGGUGGCGCCACUCGAACAACCCUGGAUCUACGAGGAGGCGCCGCCACCGUUGCUGAUCUCAGACACGGGUUCCCUCCCCGGCUCCGAUUCGGGCCUGGGCACGCCGCGUCGCAGGACGGGUGGUGUUGGCGGUGGCAGCAGCAACUCGUCUAGCUCCGUGAGUCUGGGCGACACGCACAUCUGGAGGGAAUGA